UCAUAGUUGGAAGAAGGUGGGGAGAAAAGUGUCGGUGGCCAGAGCUCGGCUCAGUUCAGCCUGUGGUGGCGGUCAGGACUAAAAGCCUGGACGCAGAAGUCAUGCACAUUAACGCACCCAGCAGAAAGUGAGGGAGACCCAACCUAAAGGUUAAAGCAAUGGUGACUCGAGGGUGCCACAGUGGGAGGGUUGGGGCCAGCUACUGAUGGCUAUCUUUCUUAAGGGAUGACGAUCACCCGCGAAGCGUGCAAAGCAGAAGCACCUCGCCCAAGCCUUUGCCCUGCUUCCCGAAGAAGGUGGUACCCUGGGGUCGGACGCAGGAGUCAGCCCCUGUGAGCAGCUCUGGACGCCCCCAGUGCACCCUCAGUAGGGUUCAGUUGGCGCCAGCGGCUCUCGCUCGGUCCCCUGGGGCUGCCUGCGGCCGGGGCGGGGCGGCCUGCGGCCGGGGCUCCUCCCUCUUCUGCCCCCAGCUCCCCUGCUCUUAACCCGCGCGCGGGGGCACCCAGGCCACUGGGCUCCGCGGAGCAAUCCAGGGGUCAGCGCCGAUUCCGAGCCGCGUGCGUCCCGUACCCAGGCCGACGCCAGCACGCCGCCAUGGCCCCGGCAGCGGCGUCGGGUGGCAGCUCCCUGCCCAGUGGCUUCUCGGUCUUCUCCACCUUCCCCGACCUGCUCUUCGUCUUUGAGUUUGUCUUCGGGGGCCUGGUGUGGAUCCUGAUCGCCUCCUCCCACGUGCCCAUUCCCCUGAUCCAGGGCUGGGUGAUGUUUGUGUCUGUGUUCUGCUUUGUGGCCUCCACCACCCUGCUCAUCUUGUACAUAAUUGGUACCCAUGGUGGAGAGACUUCCUGGAUCACCCUGGACACAGCCUACCACUGCAUCGCUGCCCUGUUUUACCUCAGUGCCUCAGUCCUGGAAGCCCUGGCCACCAUCUACAUGCAAGAUGGCUUCACCUACAAAUACUACCAUGAAAACAUCUCUGCUGUGGUGUUUUCCUACGUAGCCACUCUGCUGUACGUGGUCCAUGCAGUGUUUUCUUUAAUCAGAUGGAAGUCUUCGUAAUGCAGCAGAAGAACUUGAGCUGCAGACCCAGGCGAUGUUAACUGAUUGACCCACCUGCCGACAUACCAUUUUAGAACACAGAAAUCCUCUCAAUGGUGGAAAAAAGAAAACACCCCCUCCCCAAAUAGCCAUGUUCUGUUUCUAUGGGUGUCAUAUUUAACUUCCAACUACUGUGCUGUCUUUCUAGUGUUACUUCCUAUUUGUAAAAGGGGACCUUUGGUCUGGGGGUGGGACAUGGGGACUGUGAUCUGAGAGGGAAACAGAGAUCCCCUGCUGAGCCCUGGACCGGAUCUUGAGAACUGCCUAUUGGAAUGUUCCACGGGCUCUUUGAGCACCCCAUCUUGUGACAUGUUUCUAAGUUUUCGUGGAUAUUCUGGUGUCAUGGGGAUGAACAUGUACCCAAACAGAUAUUUCCAGAUGUCCAUGGUGGAAGAUGAUAACCCUUGGAAGUACUUUAUAAAGUGCCUUUAUGUUCAGUA